UCCAGGGGAUCUGACACCUUCAUACCAAUGUACAUAAAAUAAAGUUAUUUUUUAAAAAAGAAAGAAAUGAAAGACUGUAAAGGUAGAUAAGUGGUUAAGAACACUUGAACACUUGAUACUCUUCAAGAAGAACCAAGUUUGUUUCCCAGCACCUACGUUGGAUGGCCCACAACCACCUAUAAUUCCAUCUCCAAGGGCUGUCAUGCAAUACUCUGCCUACAACUGCUCUGAACUCAUGUGAGUAUAUAUACAACAGAGAAACACAUUACACACAUUCACAAGAUUAAAAAAAAUCUUUGGGGCCUGAACAGACAUUUCAGUGGUUAAGAACAAUUACCACUCUUGCAGAGGACCUGUGUCUGGUUUCCAGCACACACACACAGUGGUUCAUAACUGUCUUUAACUCUAGUUCAGAAGCUCUGAUGCUCUUCUCUGGACUCUUUGGGUAGGAUGCAUGAAUUUGGUAUAUGACACACAUGCAGGCAAAACACCUGUGGACACAACAUAAACAUUAAUAAAUCCUUUAAAAAAAUAAAAUACAAAGGUCUUGAGAGUGCAUCUCAUUUGUAGAGCAUCUGCCUAACAUGUGCAGGCAAGACAAGACCCUAGGUUUGAUUCUCAGCAUAAAUAUUUUAAUACAGAAAUAUAUAUAGAAAUUAAUUAGAUUGGUGAAUAAUGCCAAUGAGAGUAGAGGACAGAAAAGCAUUUUUUCCUAACUCCAAAAACAGCAAUUCACAAUUCUAUAAAAAAAAGAAAGAAACUCAUUGAAACACAGGUUGGCUAUAAGAAAUCUCCAUCAUAUUAUUACUCCAUUAAUCUACAAAGGAAGGUAGAUAGAGUAGUUUAAAAACAUAACAUACUUAAGUUUCCAAAAAGCGAUAAAAAAUGUAUUCUUUCUCAGUUUGGUUUGGUAUACUAUAUUGCUGCCAAUGCUAAAAUUUAUAGAAGAAAUUAAUAUUCAAGAGAAUGACAGCAUGGAAUUAAACUCACAAAAGUGUCACUAGCAUGUGGUGCCAGGAAGCAUCAGUGAUCAUUCCUAUAGAGAAGUGACUUUACAACAAAUGCCAAGUUCCUGGAGCAAGCACAGAGGAAAGAGGUGGGCUGAAAACUUGUAGGAAGAAUCAAGACCUCAUCUUCUGUUCUUCCUCUGCCUCCCAGUUCCUGAUGCCACCAACUCUUCAUAUCAUCUUAACGUCACACAAGAAGCACUCCCCUUACCCAUCCUUUGGGCUGAGCCAGGUUCUAUCAUCUCUUGGGGGAAGUCGGUGACCAUCUUGUGUCAAGGAAACAUCCAAGCACAGGAGUACUACUUAAAUAAAGAAGGAAGAACAUCACGCUUGUACAGCCAGACCGUAAUGGAGCCUGGGAGCAAGGCUAUGUUCCCCAUCCUAUUCAUUACAGAGCUCUAUGCAGGACGAUAUCGCUGUUACUAUGAGAGUCCUGCUGGUUCUUCAGAGCACAGUGACAUGCUGGAGCUGGUGGUGACAGAUGUCUAUAGCAAACCUAGCCUGUCAGCCCUGCCCAGUUCUGUGGUGACCCCAGGAGAGAACGUAACCUUUCAGUGCGUCUCAUGGUUGGGGUUUGAAACCUUCAUUCUGACCGAGGAGGGAGAAAACAAGCUCUCCUGGAUGGGUGACUCACAGAGACAUCCAAAUGGGCACAUGCAGGCACUUUUUCCGAUGGGUCCCGUAAGCCCCGGCCACAGGCGGAAGUUCAGGUGUUACGGGUAUGACAACAGCAAUGCCCAAGUAUGGUCAGCACCUAGUGAACCCCUGGAGCUCAUAAUCUCAGGAAUGGUUGAGACCACCAGCUCAUCACCAAACAUGUCAGACCCCAAAACAGGCUCACAUCUCCAAGAUCACACAGUGGAGAAUCUUACCAGGAUCACAUUGGGUGGCUUGGUCCUGUUGGUUCUUGGAAUUCUUCUAUUUGAUGCUCAGCACAGCCAGAGAAAGACACCAGAUGCAGCCAGGAUGUGAAGAGCAGAGGCAGCAGUACCCAUCUCAGAGUGGUGGAAAAACGACUACUGUACGUAGUGAAUUCUACAAGCUGAUGUGACUCUGGAGUUAAAUCUUGGCACAGACUGGGUCAACUCUGAGUUUGGAUCUCCAGGGGAGUGACAUGAUUUGGAAGCACAGAGAUGUCAGGAUAGUUUUUGAAGAUAAUUAUUCUUCCAUUAAACUCUGAUACUUUCCCACAAAUGCUGUUAUUUUCUCUGACUGGUCCCUUCUUUUCUCACCCCUUUGCCUCCCUAAAGUACUCAUUUUCUAUUGUUUUUCCAUGUAACUUAACAAUUUGGGUUAAUAACUGCAUUCCUUCAUGAAUGAUGCAUA